GGACACAUAAGUUUUGGAAAAUGUUAUCUCAAUUUUUUCAGAUUGUUAUGACUGAUCUAUUUUUAGGAGAAAGAAUUACAGAAGACCUCGCCCCUGAGAAGUCACAGCCGUGUUUUGAGAGAGAGAAAAGGAUGGGUUUGCUGGUGAGGAGAAGAGCCUGAGGAAGACAGAACUGUCCAAGUACUGAAGGAAUGAUUUGGAAAGACUAGAGGACUGACCAAAUCAGUCAAGGAGAGAGAGGGAGAGACUUGCUGCUGUGAGGAAUCUGCUGUCCACAGUUUGGGGAGGAUCCCUGGGAAAUGGCCUGAUCUGGGAGCCCAGCAGAGGGAAGUUCCCCAAAAGGUAGGAAAAGGUUUUCUAGGAGCAACAGAUUAUGACAAUACUUCUGCAGGAAAAAAAAAAAAAAAAAAAAAAAAAAAAAAAAAAAAAAAAAAGAACAAAAAUGAAAAAGAUAAUUGAAGCAUUUGGAAAAGUUCCCGGACAGAAAUUUCUGGCCCAACAUGACAACUCCAAAGUCUCUGUGGUGUGUCAAGAAACUGAGGAAUGAACCUGCAAGGCUUGGAUACACUACAUUUGUGUCUAUACCCCAAAGCACAGUCAGGUCCCCAACAAGACUUCGAGGACAAACCUUCUCCCUUCACCUCUCCACACCAGCUCUAGGCAGUCUCUGUCCACUGCAAGAUCUCCUUUGUCAGUCUGCAUUGACAAGGGUUGGCUGCAGGAGGCAUUUGCACUGGAACUCCCACCAGAUGCGGGGGGAACAAAGCAGCAAUUCCUGAGGAAAGAAAAAGGCAACGCCACUUGGGAAGACACCAGCGCGAGUUCCCUACAGCUGUAGGCCUUGAAUCCCUUGCACAAAGUACAUCCAUCCAUGGGGCAGCCCUAUUGACAAUAGUGACAAAAUUGCUGCCCCUUCCUGCUGCUGUUGCUGACACCAAAUCAUGAGGAAUGUGCCAACCCUGCUAAAGACAGGCAGAGAUGGUGAGAAAAAACCAGCUAGUCCGCUGAGAAGGAGGCCAAAAGAAUGCUUUCUAAUCUCCCCUUUCCAUCCUUUCCCCAGCCACGACAGAGGAAUGUCCUUUUCCUCUGUCACCCACAGUGACCCAGGCCCAGGCUGCAGCGUGGGGGCAGAGUCCGCCACAGCUCGCAGAGCCCGCCCUCCCCAGGGGCUUCCCUUGCCGUGCCGUGCGGGGCCAGCCCCGGGAGCCCCCGGCCCCGCACGGAGCCCGCAGCCCCGGCUCCGCGGCGCUCGUCCCCGCCGGGUCCGGCCCGCGCCGGGGCCGCGCUGGGCGCGCGCGGGGCCGAGCGCAGCGCCCCCCGCAGGCCGCGCGCCGCCGGCGCAGCCGCGGCCGUUGCGCCCCGGGCGUUGCGGCGACAGUCGGCGAUGGAAGCCACGGCGGAGCUGCCGCUGCCCGCCGGGCUCCGCGCCCGCACCUUCCCCGCCAAGCUGUGGCGCCUGCUGAACAGCCCCCGCGUCCGCUCCCUGCGCUGGGACAGCCGCGCCCGGGGGCUGCUCGUAGACCGCUGCCUCUUCGAGCGGGAGCUGCUCAGCCCGGGCGGCGCCCAGGGGCCGGCCCCGGGCACCUUCAGGGCCACGCAGUUCCGCAGCUUCGUGCGCCAGCUCUACCGCUACGGCUUCCACAAGGUGCCGGGCCGAACUGGCGUGGCUGCGGCGGGCGAUGCCGGGGACUGGCUGCACUACAGCAACCCCUGGUUUCGCCGCGACCGCCCCGACCUCCUGCUCCGCAUCAGGCGCCGGACCGCGGCCAACAGGCAGCGGCGGGCGGCGGGGCGGGAGGGGCGCUGCCCCCGGCCCUGCGGCUCCCGGCAGCUCCCCAGGGCGCGGCCGCUGCUGCCGGGCGGGCGGGACGGGCACAGUCGCUUCACGGCGCUGCCCGGGGAGCGGCCGCCGCUGCCGCCCGGGCGCCCGCCCAGCGCCUUCCUCCCACUGCACAGGGAGCGGGGCCCGGACGGGCGGGAGCUGCGCUGCCCCCGGCCCGGCCGCUUCCAGCAGCUGCCCCGGGAGCGGCCGCCGCUCGCCCGGCGCCCGCCCUGCGGCUUCCACCUGCUGCACAGGGCCCGGCCGGGGCCGGCCCGGCGGGAGGGGCCGAGCCGCUUCCAGGAGCUCUACGGGGAGCGGCCGCUGCCCGCCCAGCGGGAGGUGCUCCGGAUCCCACCCUGCCACUUCCUCGGGCUCCACGGGGAGCGGCUGUGGCCGCUCGGGCGGGAGGGGCCCCCCGAUCGCUUCCAGGAGCUCUACGGGGAGCAGCCGCCUCCGCUGGACCGGGAGGUGCUCAGGAUCCAGCCCUGCAGCUUCCCGCAGCUCCACGGGGAGCAGCAGCCCCCAGCCUGCAGGCCAGCAGCUGCUCCGGGCACUUCAGCCCCCAGUGCUCCAGCUGGCAGUGCUGGCUGUGCAGCAUCACCGGCCUCCAGCUCAGAGCAGAGUGCACCUGUGAAAGAGGAGUCACCACCACUGGAUCUGGGCCUUGAAUUGGAGAAAAUGAUCAGGGAGAUCAGGAGAUCCCUGUCUGAAAGGUCUCCAGAAUCAUUGGCCUCCAGCUCAGCGCAGAGUGCACCUGCAGCAGAGGAGUCACCACCACUGGAUCUGGGCCUUCAGGUGGAGAAGAUGAUCCGGGAGAUCAGGAGCUCCCUGCCUGAGAGGUCUCCCUCUGCUCAGGGGAAUAUUAAUGUUGCCCCUGAGCCUUCAGGAGAGGACACUUUGAACAGGGCUGCAGCAGAGGAAGCUCCAUCUGGCACCGAGAGCUGCAGGAACAGUUCCCCAGAGCCAGAGGAGCCUGAUCCCGUGUGAUCGACCUCUCCUGGAGGGGUGCCCUGCAUGGCAGGAAGAGACAGAGGGAGAGCCUGUGACUACCAGGCAGCUGGGGCCGGGCCGGGCGGAGCAGCAGUUCCAGCCCCGGGUGUCCCUGGAGCGGUGGGAGCUGCCGGUGGCCCCAGGCAGGGUCCCCUGAGGAGCUGCUGAAGGACGCUGCCCUGCAGAGCCUGAGGACAGGCGGAGACUGGCAGGAGGCAGCAGGGAGAAGCUGCAGGCCGGCAGCAGGAGCAGGGAGCAGGGAGCUGCUGCUGCCAGCCGAGAGGCCGGGAGAGCUGCUCUGCACGGGAGGAAGCAAGGACGGAGGGAAAGGCUUUGAAGAUGGGGCACUGGAAUCCCUCUGCUUCGAGUUCUGUUUAAAGAUCUUUGGACUUGAACAUAGAGAGGGAUAUUUAUAUGGAUAUUUAUAUAUGUGGGUUUUAAUUUGUAUAGUAAUAUUUCUACAUGUUUAUUGUUAUAUUUAUCACUGUAUGCUAUGCAUAUAUGUGUGUAUAUAUGCAUACAUGUUUGUAAUUACAUGUAUUUUUAUAUAUGUGUCUAGGUAUUCGUAUAUAUAAGUAUGAUAUUCUGUGUUUAGUUCUAUUUCCUUUCUAUACAGUUAUGUAGUUAUUUCUAUUGAUGUCGUAGUUAUAUAGCUCUUUCAAUAGCUGUAUUGGUAUUUGUAUAAGUAAAUAUCUAUUGUUAUAUUUAUAUAUAUGUAUUGAUCUAUUUGUGGAUAUAAUUCUAUUUACAUCUAUGGAGAGAUUUGUAUUGAUUGAGUUCUUGGUAGAGGGUUUUUUGAUAGAGAUACUGAUAUUUUUGUAUUCCUAG